AUGGAUUAUGAGGGGAUAUUCAAACUGGGUUCAUGCACUGAAAAUCAGAGUCAGACUAAUAAUGUGACAGUGAAGUGCAUCCAGAGUGAAAGAGAAGCACUUGUCAGAUUCAAGGCAGGCGUAAUUGAUUUUCCAGGUAAGCUUUCUUCAUGGGUCGGUGAAGAUUGCUGCCAAUGGAAAGGCGUAGAGUGCGACGAAACAGAUCAUGUCAUCAAGCUCAAUCUUAGCAACCCCGCUGGACGCCACAGGCACCCUGUUUAUGACCGAAGUGAUGAUAAUUGUUAUGAUGGAAGUGAUAUUAAUUAUCCCGAUUUAGCAUACGAAAAUAAUUAUCCCGUGAUUCAUCUUUGCACGAAUGCUAACAAGAGGAUUAUUCCUCAUCUUAGGAGGUCAUCACGGGACAGUAAGAAGUCAUCACGGAACUGGAAUGUUGAUCGAUCAUCUCUUCCAAGGAAUGUUAAAGCAUCUGUUAUAGCAUCUUUUUCAGGGGAUGGUAAUGAAUCUCUUUCUGGAGAGAUUAGUCCUUAUCUCGGCAAUUUGUCCAGCCUGACGCAUCUUGACCUUGUAGGUAACUACAAUUUGUCUACCAAAAAUUUGGAUUGGGUCUCAAGUCUCACUUCCUUAGAGUACCUUUAUAUGGAGGGAGUGAAGAUCAAUCAUACCAAAGCAGAUUGGCUGCAUGCAAUUAACAUGCUUCCUUCCCUUCUGGAGUUAAGUUUAUGUUCAUGUGAGCUUGAACACCUUCCAUCUUCCCUUACUUUCCUUAAUUUCACCUCUCUUUUUGUCCUCGAUUUAUCAUACAACUCAUUUAACAACUCCAUACCUCAGUGGCUGUUUAAUCUUACGAGCCUCACAAAACUUGAUUUGACUUUUAGCAAUCUAGGAGGAAAAAUCCUUGAUUCAUUUGGGAGACUUGGAAGCUUGAAAUACCUCUAUCUCGGUGGAAACCAUUUUUUUGGUUCAAUUCCAGCUUCUAUUGGCAGUUUGUCAUCCUUGAAGGAGUUGACCUCUCAUAUAAUGAGAUGA